CAGGAAAACACCUCAUCCUUCGUCAGCUUCUUCUUCUACCUUCUCACGACCAAAACUCUCUCUCUCUCUCUCUCUCUCUCUCUCUCUCUCUCUCCAUGUCAAAUCAUCCUCUCACGAAACAUCUGUCCUCUGCUCUCUCUGUCUCUCUCUCUCCCCCAUUUCCUCAUUUCUCCCUCCAUUUCGGACCAAUACCCACCAAAAAUAAACCUGAAGAUCGCUGAGAGACGCUUUCUGAGCAGCGAAAUUCCGAAAGGUUUGCUAAAUAUUGGACUCUCCGGUUCCAUUAUACACCAUCGGAUCCCACAAUCCCCGCCGAUUCGCUAAAUAUCCUCUGUUCCUUUCUCUUUGUGCUCCCUUCUUGCCUCCCCCCUCUCUCUCUCCGGCGUAUACCCGCCGCCGGUGAUCCGUCUGCUGGGGCUUUGAUUUCCGGUUUCUGUUUCUGGGUCUUUCUGUUCAACACGAAACAUAAUCUGGGUCGUCUUCCUCUUCUUCGAAUUCCGAGAAUCAGCGAUCGAUUUUCUAGAGGACCAAACAAACGGGUCCUUUAGGUUUUCGACGAGGCGAGAAGAAGAAGAUCGAGGAAGCCCUCUCGGAGCUAAUUUUUCUGAUCGUUAUCUCGUUUCUGAUCUUUCCUUCUUCUUCUCCGGCGACGACGACAAUGUCCACGACGUUGCGUUUCGACACGAAGCAGAUGCCGUCGCCGAUCCGUACGACUACGGACACUCCGUCGUCGUCUCCUUCUCUCAGCCGGAGACAGCCUCUCCUCAAACGGAGCCUCUCCAUGCCCACGACGCCGAGGGCUUCUUCCUGCACCGGCGGAGCCACGGCGGCGGAGUUCUGCGGCGGCACCACGGCGAGUUGCGCCGCCGUCUGGUGCUGCUGUCCCUGCGGCCUCGGAAAGCUCCUCGUCCUCGCCGUCUACAAAGUCCCGGCGGGCCUCUGCCGCCGUGCCCUCCGUCACCGACGCCGGAAACGUCUCGUGAAGAGCGGGCUACUCCCGCCGCAGCAUCCUCCAUCUCUGCCGGAGACCGACCGCCGCGGACGCAAUCGUUUCGGGAGCUCGGAGUUCGCGGUGCACCCAUUAGAGAGCAGGGACGUCUCCGACGAAGACGACGAGGACGAUUUCUUGGAGCUGAAGGUAUUCGGGAAAUCAUCAAUGGCGACGCUGCUUGCAGCUGAGGCGGCGGAGGAGGAGGAAGACGCGGCGGUGAUGGCGUUGGAGAAGGAGAUGUGGAACAGAUUUUACGGCGCCGGAUUCUGGCGAAGCCCGUCGCAACGGGAAACAGUUCCGUCCCCGAGAUCGUCGAUGAAGGCCGUCCUGCCCUCUCCACGGCCGUCCUUCACCGGAGGGUACUGGAACAUGACGGUCGGAGACCACGGCGCGACGGCGGAGACGCCGAGAGGCAUCAGGCAAUGAAGGGAAGAUAAUGUGUGUGUUUUUCCCACGCGUGAAGAUAUGGUUUUGUAAAAAGCGUGUCCCUUUUCCUCAACUAUGAUCGAUUUGUGUGAUCUUUGGUGUGAAUUUAUCUACUUUCAAAAUCCAAUUAUGAUUUCGAAAAGGGUUUCCAAAACGAAAAUUUGGUGAUUCUGUAAUGUGUUGUCGAAGGAAGACUAGAUGCAUCAUGUUGGUAUCAUACGACAAGAAACAAGACAGAAUCUAUCAUGUGUUU